GCCUAUAUAUAUGUGUGUUUGUGUGCACUCUUUUGGUGACUACAACAGAAGAGGCUGUACCUUCUUUUUGAAGUCUCUGUGGGUAGGAUUUGGAGUGGGAGCACCAAUGGCUUUGUUGAUGACAAUUGUAGUAGGUGUCGUCUUGCUGCUCUGUUUUUGCUCUGCUCUCUUGAGGUGGAAUGAAGUAAGGUACAGGAAGAAAGGUUUGCCUCCUGGCACAAUGGGUUGGCCACUUUUUGGGGAGACAACUGAGUUUCUUAAGCAGGGUCCAAACUUCAUGAAAACCCAGAGAUCAAGGUAUGGCAGUUUUUUCAAAUCUCACAUACUUGGUUGUCCUACCAUUGUUUCCAUGGAUCCAGAGCUUAAUAGAUACAUCCUAAUGAAUGAAGCAAAAGGCCUUGUUCCUGGAUACCCUCAAUCCAUGUUGGAUAUCUUAGGCAAAUGCAACAUUGCAGCUGUUCAUGGCUCCACUCACAAGUACAUGAGAGGAGCACUGCUUUCCAUCAUUAGCCCCACCUUGAUCAGAGAUCAGCUUUUGCAAAAAAUUGAUCAGUUCAUGAGAGCCCACCUUAGCAACUGGGAUGACAAAGUCAUCAAUAUUCAAGAGAAAACUAAAGAGAUGGCCUUCCUCUCAUCCCUGAAGCAGAUUGCUGGAAUGGAAUCUGGCUCAUUAUCUGACUCAUUGAUGGCAGAGUUCUUUAAGCUAGUUCUAGGAACCCUUUCUCUCCCUAUUAACCUUCCUAGCACAAACUACCACCAUGGAUUCCAGGCAAGGAAGACUAUAGUGAAAAUUCUUAGUAAACUCCUAGAGGAAAGAAGAGCAUCACAUGAAACCUACCAUGACAUGCUUGGUUGCUUGAUGGGAAGAGAUGAAAGUAGAUACAAACUAAGUGAUGAAGAAAUCAUUGAUCUAGUGAUUACAAUUACGUAUUCUGGUUAUGAAACUGUUUCAACUACAUCAAUGAUGGCAGUGAAGUACCUCCAUGACCAUCCCAAAGCUCUUGAAGAACUCAGAAAAGAGCAUUUGGCCAUAAGAGAGAGGAAAAAGCCAGAUGAACCUCUUGACUGCAAUGAUCUCAAGUCAAUGAAGUUUACUCGUGCGGUGAUAUUUGAGACCUCUAGAUUGGCUACAAUAGUUAAUGGGGUCCUAAGGAAAACCACUCAAGACAUGGAACUAAACGGCUAUUUGAUCCCCAAAGGAUGGAGAAUAUAUGUGUAUACAAGAGAGAUAAAUUAUGACCCUUUUCUAUAUCCUGAUCCACUAACAUUCAACCCAUGGAGAUGGAUGGAUAAGAGUCUAGAAUCUAAAAACUACUUCUUCAUAUUUGGAGGAGGCACCAGACAGUGUCCAGGAAAAGAGUUGGGAAUAACAGAAAUUUCCACUUUCUUACACUACUUUGUAACUAGAUACAGGUGGGAAGAAGUAGGAGGAGAUAAAGUAAUGAGAUUUCCUAGAGUUGAGGCACCUAAUGGACUGCACAUAAGGGUGAGAUCUUACUAACUAGGCCUUGACUGUAUGUACAGUAACGAGAUGAGAUGUAGCAGAUUGUAGGGUAUGUGUAUGACAAUGAUCUAACAAAUAUAUUAGUAAAACAUAGAAAUUAAAUUUUCUUCUUCCUCUUC